AUGCUUCGUCUCUUCAGACUCUCUUCUGCUUUCUACUCAUCAUCCAUUUUCCCCCAUCGUUUCUCUUCUUUCCCCAUCAAAAUGAGCGAGCUUACCCACCCCACCAUCCAGGAUGGCUGGUUCUCUGAGAAGUCCGGCAUGUGGCCCGGUCAGGCCAUGAGCCUCAAGGUCAACCAGAUCAUCCACCACGAGAAGUCCAAGUACCAGGAUGUCCUCGUCUUCGAGAGCAGCGACUACGGUACCGUCCUCGUCCUGGACAACGUUAUCCAGUGCACUGAGCGCGAUGAGUUCUCUUACCAGGAGAUGAUCACCCACCUGGCCAUGAACUCCCACCCCAACCCCGAGAAGGUCCUCGUCAUUGGUGGUGGUGACGGCGGUGUCCUCCGUGAGGUCGUCAAGCACGCCUCUGUCAAGGAGGCCACUCUGUGCGACAUCGACGAGGCUGUCAUCCGUGUUUCCAAGAAGUACCUGCCCGGCAUGGCCAUUGGCUUCCAGCACCCCAACGCCCACACCCAUGUUGGUGACGGCUUCGAGUUCCUCAAGAACCGCCAGAACGAGUUCGAUGUUAUCAUCACUGACAGCUCUGACCCCGAGGGUCCUGCUGAGAGCCUCUUCCAGAAGCCCUACUUCGAGCUUCUGAAGUCUGCCCUUCGCGAGGGAGGUGUCAUCACUACCCAAGCCGAGAACCAAUGGCUCCACCUUGACAUGAUCGCCGAACUUAAGAAGUCCUGCAAGGAGGUCUUCCCCGUCGCCGAGUACGCCUACACCACCAUUCCCACCUACCCCUCCGGCCAGAUUGGCUUCAUGGUCUGCUCCAAGGACGCCACCCGCAACGUGCGCGAGCCGCUCCGCACCUGGACCGCCGAGGAGGAGCAGAAGCUCUGCCGCUACUACAACCAGGACAUCCACCGUGCCAGCUUUGUUCUGCCCAACUUCGCUCGCCAGAAGCUCGGCAACUAA